GGAUGCGAGAGGAGAGCGGAGGAGAGGGGAAGAGAGAAGGGAAACCGCCGAUGGUGAAGGGUCCAGGGCUCGGUUAACGGGGAAGCAAGGAUACCGGCCCAUCUCUGUUUGUCCUGGGCAGCUGGGCAAUGACAGAUACACCGAACGGGGCACUUUGAGAUAUGAUGAGGCUUUUUUCUGGUCGGUUAUAGUACUAUGAUUUGGUAUGUGGCCACUUUGAUAGCAAGUGUAUUCAGCACCCGAGGAUCGGCCGCUCAAGGUGCCCACGGAGUGCGAGUGGAGCCCCAGUUUGUGACGGUGCGUGCAGGAGAGAGCGUCAUCUUGGGAUGCGACGUGCCUCACCCACUGAACGGAAAGCCCUAUGUGGUGGAGUGGUUCAAGUAUGGAAUGCCAAUCCCUUUCUUCAUCAACUUUCGCUUCUACCCUCCUCAUGUGGACCCAGAAUAUGCUGGCCGGGCCCGUCUGCACGGCAGGUUGUCCCUGCAGAUAGAGAAUGUGCGUUCAGACGACCAAGGCUGGUAUGAGUGUAAAGUGCUGAUGCUGGAGCAGCAGUACGACACCUUCCACAAUGGCAGCUGGGUGCAUCUCACUGUCAAUGCCCCCCCGACAUUCACAGACACACCACCUCAGUAUGUCGAGGCCAAGGAAGGGGGGAGCAUCACGUUGACCUGCACGGCAUUCGGCAACCCAAAACCUUCUGUCAGCUGGCUGCGUGAAGGCAGCCUUCUGAUCAGCAGUGCCAAGUACAAGGUGUCUGAUGGGAAUUUGACGGUGCUAUCCAUCACCCGGGAAGAUCGUGGGGCCUACACAUGCCGAGCCUUUAGCCCCCAGGGAGAGGCCAUUCAUACAACAAGGCUGCUAGUACAAGGCCCUCCGUUUAUUAUAUCACCACCAGAGAACAUAACAGUGAACAUCUCGCAGGAUGCCUUCUUCACCUGCCAGGCGGAAGCCUAUCCUCGCAACCUCACAUACACCUGGUUCUGGGAGGAGGACAACGUCUUCUUCAAGAAUGACCUCAAGCGGAGAGUCAGUAUUCUCAUUGACGGUUCCCUCAUCAUUGUGCAAGUCAAGCCAGAGGAUACUGGGAAAUACACAUGUUCCCCCAGCAACAGCCUAGGCACACCACCGUCUGCCUCUGCCUACCUAUCAGUGCAAUAUCCUGCCCGUGUGGUAAACAUGCCAUCUGUCAUUUAUGUGGCCAUUGGUCUCCCAGGCUUCAUCCGCUGUCCAGUAGAUGCCAACCCCCCUCUAACUCUGGUGAAGUGGAAAAAAGAUGGUCUCCCUCUACGGAUAGACAAGUACCCUGGUUGGAGCCAGAUGGAUGAUGGGAGCAUCCGUGUUGCAGAGGUGACAGAGGACUCUCUUGGCACCUAUACCUGCAUGCCUUACAAUGCCCUGGGCUCCAUGGGAUGGUCUCCUCCUGCUCCCCUGGUGCUAACGGACCCUCCAAAAUUCUCUGUGGUUCCUGGAGGGGAGUACAGGCAGGAGGCUGGAAGGGAACUUGUCAUCCCCUGUGAGGCAGAGGGAGAUCCCUUUCCAAAUAUCACAUGGAGGAAGGUAGGAAAGCCCAGUAAAAGCAAGCACAAUGUUCUGCCUCGGGGCAACUUACAGUUGAAGUCACUCACAAAGGAUGACCACGGGGAGUGGGAGUGUGUCGCUACCAACGUUGCCACAAGCAUCACUGCCAGCACGCAUGUCCAAGUCAUAGGCACAAGCCCCCACUCCCCUACCAGCAUCCACGUCGCAGCCUCCUCCACCAGGGCUAACGUAUCCUGGGAGGCUAGCUAUGAUGGAGGCUUCGGGCAGACAUUCUCAGUCUGGUACGGCCAUGUGUUGAAAAGGGAACGUUUAGGUCCACACGACUGGGUUUCCAUACCAGUACCUGGAGGCCAGGACUGGAUGGUGGUGCCGGGCUUGGAGCCAGAGACAACAUACCAGUUUAGUGUCCUGUCUCAAAAUAAGCUUGGCACAGGCCCCUUCAGCGAGGUUGUCACUGUGAACACUCUAGUAUUUCCUACAAGUACCCCUGAACCAUUGGUGCUGCUUACCCCACCACGGUGCCUCACAGCCAAUCGCACGCAGCAGGGAGUCCUGCUCACCUGGAUCCCACCUGCCAAUCACACAGCACCUAUCCAGCGUUAUGUAAUGGAGUUUCGUCUGGGGGAACGAUGGGAGAUCUUGGACGACAGCAUUCCUGCAGGAGAGUUGGAGCUGCUUGCCCGAGACCUUAUCCAGGAGGCUUGGUAUGAGUUUCGCAUCAUAGCCGUCAUGGAUGACAUGGUCAGCGAGCCUAGUAACGUAGUAGGAGUGUCCAGCACAGACUUCUUCCCCCCUCCAGAGAUGGUGGAGGAGCGUGGACUGACCCGGCCUGUGGUGGCAGGCAUUGUGGCCACCAUCUGCUUCCUGGCUGCAGCUGUCCUCUUCAGUACAAUGGCUGCCUGCUUUGUCAACAAGCAGCGCCGGAAGAAGCUCAAGAGGAAAAAAGAUCCCCCACUGUCCAUUACCCACUGCAGAAAAAGCAUGGAAACACCGUCAUCUUCAGGAAAGGUGAGUCCUGAGAGCAUACAUUCAAAGGCAUCCCCAUCAGAGUCAUCUGAAGACAGUCAUGACCAGCGUGGAAGGAAACCACCUCCCAGUCCAGGAAAGAAGGAAGACUUAUCCUUAUACAAGAAGACCAAAAGAGCAAUAACAAGCAAGAGGUACAUGUCCAAACAUGAAGCUGAACCAACAACACCUAUUGAACUUAUCAGUCGAGGCCCAGAUGGACGUUUUGUCAUUGAUCCUACUGAUGCAGAAAUGUCAGUCAAGUCCCGGCGUAUUGAGGGCUUUCCCUUCGUGGAAGAAUCAGACCUUUAUCCUGAAUUCCGGCAAUCAGAUGAAGAAAAUGACGAUCCCAGGCCUCUUCCGCCAGUUAUGGCACCACUUCGUCCUCACCAGAUUUCCCCACUCUCCAGUCAGGAAUCAUAUCUCCAGCCUCCAGCCUACAGUCCCCGUUUUCACAGGCCCUUUGAAGGUAUGACUAUCAUGGAGAGUAGUCAACUCCAGGCCACAGGACAGAUCCGAGGCUCUCUACACCAUAGAGCUUUCUAUGGCUAUCUAGGACCACCUGGAGAUCAUGAUCCCCCACCUCCUUUUUACAUGCCUGAUACCAGCCCUCUGAGGUCUGUCAUGUCCUCUCCUCCAUACUUUGCUGAGGGUCCUUUUGCACACCCAAUGAUUCCCGAAGAAAUUGGUGAGGGGGAUUUUCCACAAUAUGCUGUGUCAAGUUUCCCACUUCCUCUGACAUUGACCUCUUCCUCGCAUUCACCAGAGAUUUGGCAGGGACUAGAUUUUACCUUUUCAAGUCUGGAGGGGCCUCAGUUUAUUUUUCCCCCACACCACCCUUUGCAUCCCCGCCAUGACCCUUCGUAUGCCUCUCCACCUCAUGUUCUUCCCCUUAGUGCGUUCCAGCAUUCUUCCCUUCCAAUGCCUACCUACCCAGCAGUCCUGCCACGUGAGGCCCCAAAGAGUCAUACAAGCAAGUCUCCCAGCAAGGCCAGGCCUCAUGGCUCCCCAGCCAGGCAUUUAGCUAUGCAAGAGGCACAUUUAGGGCAGCUAAGACCUUCAGGCCAUAGUAUGGGUGUGCCAGUUUUGUCUUAUACUGAUCCAAUGGCUCAUAUUGUCCCUAGCACAUUCAGUAACCUGGAUACACGAUGGUUUGAAACCACACCUCGUUUUAGUCCCAGGCAGACUCGUAGGAUGGAUGGCUUGCAUCAGGUGGUUCUUCAACCCUCUCGACUUUCACCUCUUACCCAAAGCCCCCUUAGCUCUCAAGAGGGCUCCCCAGAGAUUGUAGUACGCCCACGUCCACGUCCAAGCAUAGUGCAGCCUCCCAUACCCCCAGGGAUGUCUGAGAUUACCCUCCUUCCUCCUUCUACAGCCAGCUUUUCAAGGAGAUCAUCCCCAUCCUCGUCACCUGCUCAUGGUCAGGGUAGCAGGAGAGCAAGCCCCAGCUACCGUUCCCACAUGGCUUUUGCCACCGCUGCAACCAGUUACCCAGCUUCCCAGUCCCCAUCGCCACCCAUGCCAAGCAGCAGCAUAUUUGGGCAGAUGCCAGCUCAUAGAAGAACUGAGGAGGAGAUCCUUCCAUCUGAGCCCUCUCCACCCCAGUUGUCAGCUUCAGGAAAACGUCGAGGUGCGUCGAGCGCCCAUUUGGGGUCUGAGAGGAGUGAUGCACUGAGAUACCAGCGUGUUAAAAAGGCGAAGAAAAUGACGAUGAACAACAACAACUCCAAGACCAGAAAGAAAGCAGGUGUCUCCACCUCUCAGACCCAGCAGGCCUACACCUCUCAGGUACUCCAGCCCGAAGAAGCGCUCUACCUCUGCAAGAAGAAGAAACGUCCCAUUCUUCAUGAUCCGUAUGCCCGCUUUUCUGCUCUGCUAUACCGCCGUCCACCACGGGAGGACCAGAAGGCCAUUUUAGCUAGCAUGGACAACAUGGACCUAGACCAUGCCACCUUCCUCUGAAAGGCCCCCUGGGAUGAGGUCACAACUUGGGACACGCUCCCAUUACCAUUCCAUAAAUACGUUACAGUAGCUGCAUCCCAGCUAGACAAGACAACAAAGUCAGUGGAAUGUCUUUAUUUCAGUUAUCAAACUGAAGACUAGAUUCAAUUUCAGAGUUUAAUUUUAGUGCAAUCUGUAGCUUCCCACUUGCUUUAUUCAAUUAGCAUUUGUUAGCAGAUUGUUGUUGACAAUGACCUAGGUUACUCUAGGAUCUAAACUGAAAAAACACCUUUAAAUCAAAAUAUUUUCUAGUAAAAGAGAAAAAAACAUAUUCUAGUACAAGUGUAGUACUAAAGAUAAAUUAGAAUGAUAUCCCAGAUUGGAGUUGUAGUUGUAAAAGUGUUUUUGUGUAAAAUGUUUAAAUUAUUUCUUUAAAACCUUCAGUUAAGGAUGCCCCAAGACACAAACGUGUUCUGCAUAGUCUUAAAUCAAGUAGUAUUCCCUUCUAAAAGUAACCUUACUGACUUUGAGAUUCCGAUCAAAUAUUUUCUCCAGUGCAAAACUCAAAUUUUACACAAAAGUGGCGAAAUUUGAUUACUCACCUCUUUUCUCAAAGCUUAAUCCAUUAGAGAGUUGAAUUUAUUCAGGCUAAGAUCAGGUUUUCUGAGCUGAGCCUUCUUGUUGUUGACUCCAACUUCCCUCUAACACCUCUGUUUACAGCUCCUUCCAAUGAAUUCUCUGCCUCACAACUAUACCUCAGAGCACAUGAGACCACACAACAAUCGGAGUCAACCAGCUCAACAAUUAAGCUUUUCUUUUUUAAUUGGUAAAUCUUCUUGCUUUACUGUUGACAAUUAGUUUUCAAAGUGGCCAAAUAUUUCCUGUUCAGUUAAUCUAACUUAUAAAAGGCUGAAGUUAACCUGAAGCUAACAUUCUUAACUCAUUCUCUGCUCUGCUGUAAAUAAUCAGGACAGGGAUUUAUUUGUGUGAGGAAUGUCAAAGAAACAGAAAGAGACAUUUUAACAACUUUCUAGCUCUAAAUCACACUCUUUAUUUGUUAUUGAAAAAAAGUCCAUCAGGAUGCACUCGAAAAAUGCAAUUCAGAUGCAGAGAAAUGGCAUUUUUAACUGUCAGGAUAACCAUUAGUGGAAUGCUCCGUUCACAAGUGCUUCUGCUUGAACAAAUGCUACUCUUGUCGGACCGCUGUUUGCACUGGAGCAAAAUGUUAUCAGUUCCAUAACAUUUGCAUCUCGUUCUUUUGCAGUGUUAAGGGCUCCAAAUUAUGUUCCGAAAUUUAUGCCAAAAUGUUUAAUUUAAGAAAUGAGGAGAUUGUGGACGAUAGGAUUUUGUGCCCUAGUAUAUUAGUGUAAUCAGACAGUUUUCUUUGGCCUUAAUCAUAUUUUCUGCCUGUUUUACUUGUGUCAAUUUUUUAUUUGAGCUCCAUUGUUAUUUACUAUGUAUGUGAGUAUCUGCAUGUUCAGAGAUCAGUGGGAGGCAUUUAAGGUAAAACAAAGUGAGCCAAAGUUGUGCUUAGUUGUAUUUUCCACUGUCACUUGCAGAAGUUUAUUGUUUAACAGCGCUCUGUGUAGACUGCAUGAGAAUGAAGACACUCUAAAAGGACUUUUCAUUUACAUGAGUAAAGAAGGUGCCAUAACUAAGCUGUAUCUUACUCUGCACAUGCUGCUGCUAGGUGGUGCUCUAAAUUUCACACAGUGGACAUGUGCUGCAACAAUUAGCCCUACAUUGUUUUUGUUUUUUUACCUCAAAGGUGCUCAGUUUCUUAAAAUGUGUAGUUACUUUAAGAUGCCAUGGAAACAUUUCUGUGAAACAAAGCAUGCUUAAACUUUCUGUUGCGCAUUUUUAUUUAUGAAUUUAUUUCUGUUUUUACUGUGAUCUCAAUCUUCUGCUGGUCCUACAAAAUCUUCAGAGGUCUCCCAUAUUUUUACAAACUUGAUUUGGUCUGGUUAAGAUAUUUCUUCAGUAAAUGCAAGCAGAAGCAGUGCUAUCCAUGGUUGAGUUCGGGAAAUAUAAUUAUUUUCAUCUGUGUAGUGACACUGGGUUUGCAGAGCAGAGAAUCUAAAACAGAUAUAAAAGAAAAGGUUUAAAAUGCUUUUCCACAUACAGGUCACAUCUCAAUAAAUUAGAAUAUCAUAUCAAAUUAUUCAACAGAGAGUGAUAUAUUUCUGUUAAUUGUGAUAAUGGCUCAAAGCACAUGAAAAGCCCAAAUUCAGUUUUUAGAAAAUGUUGAUAUUACAAAAGAACCAUAGAAAAGUUUUUUUUUUAAACCAGGCCAUGUUGACCUACAUAAUCAUAAAGAAGACUUGAGUUAGCAGGAAGUCAUUGAUAUUGGAUGUCCUGAUUAGGACUUUUACAGAUACAGAGUUGUUUAGGAAUAGCCAUUGUCUGAUAUUGAGUUGCAGUCCAAUACUUUAUUAAAUACAAUUAAAUCAAUGCCAUGAAAAUGCUUGUAAUCUCCUCAGUAGUUUUACAGUGCAGAGAAAAAAGACUUGUCAUUUCAUCAUUGUUACAUUUACUUACUCACCAGUGAUGCUUAUGAUGCUGCAGUCUUUUCUGUUACACAUAUUUAUUCCCAACUAGAAUUUCUGCUGGACAGCCUUAAUAUGCAGCUCCAACUCAGGUUACUCAGUUCUGAAAGCUACCCACUCGGAACAUCAUGUUAACGGGUAAAAAAAGCUUAUAUACUAAUUACAUCAGGAAAAUAAUGUUCAGGAACUGCUAAACAGUUUUGCAAUCCCUGCAAAAGGAAAUAAGCCGUGAUUAUUGAAAACUGGCUGCAUGCAGCUGCAUAUAUUCCGGGGGUGCAGAUGAUGAUCAACAGAUAUAGAUACAACAGGUAUCAUGAGCUGAGUUUGUCAGGGACCCUAAACUAUUAAAAAAUGCAGUGAUCAAUCAGGGCAGUAAAUCCCUCCACAAGAAGGGUAGGCCACAAAGGUUCAUUGCUAAAGAAUCUGGCUGUUUAGGGUGCUGUAGAGAAUAUUGGCCAAUGUUAAAAUAAACAGAUGACAACCAGAGCUAACAGUGCAGAGCUGAAGGUAUAAUGGCAACCUGGACUUCCUUGACAUCUCUUCAGAGCCAGAGGCUGAUUGUCUCCUUGCUACACUGCAGUGAUUCAUGCAAAAAAAGCCUCGACCAAGUGUUGAGUACAUAUACUAUUUAGUACUUGUCAAUAGGCCCACAUUUCUGGAUUAGAAAUCGCCAAUUUGUUGGUGUUCUGCAGUAACACCAAUAAAGUCAUUAUUGUAAUUCUGACUAACUGAAUUUUGGAUUCUUAUUAGCUGUGAGGCAUAGUUAUCAAAAUGAACAGGCAUAAAUGCUUGCAAUAUAUCAGUUUGGAUGUAAUGAAUCACUGUAACAUAAAAAGUAAAUCUUUUGAAUUCAAUAACUGAGAGGAGUAAAUUAUGUAAUGAUAUUCUAAUUUAUCAAUAUGCAUCUGUUGUGGAGUUGAUUUAAAAGCAUUGCUGCAAGAAAGCUUGUGCUUUGGGAAAGAUGGAAAUGUGCCUCUACAUAUGCACUUAGUGUGGAAAUUAAAAUGAUAUAAUAUAUAUAAAAAUGUUAACUGAUACAAAUCCUCAAUCUCGUUAGAUUAUUAUUUUUAAUGAAGAUGAAGCAACAUCAGUUCAUCAGUGGUAAACCAAUGGUGAAAUCCUUUUGAAUUCUGUGGUAUUUUAAGGUCUAGCUCAAACACAACACAGUUACUGAUGUAAUGUUGUUUGAGACUUAUUAGGGAUGCAGCCAUCUGAUCAUAGUUGCUUCAGCAGUGGUGUCAAACAGAGGCUCUUCAAUCAGCGCCUUCCAUAAAAGAUCAGAUCCUUCCAUAAAUGAGUACAAACCCAUGUCUGGAACUGUAUUUUUCUAGUUUUUGAUGGAAAACAAAAGGAUGAUGUGUUGAUUUAAUUCAAACCCCCAUAGCAGGAGAAGAAAGGAGCUCUUCUUCCAGAAAUGUCAUGGCGAUGCAUUACAAACCUAGUGUUACUGCCAUAAUAAAAAAAGGUAUUGCUGUUAAAAAAACAAACAAAAGAGUGUCACAGUUUCCUUUUCGUCCAGGUGUUUUGCUCUGAUUGACUGUCUCUAAGCAGACACUGGGAUGUUUUAAUUGCAGAGGGUGCUUUGAUGAGAUAAGUGUUGGGAAUUUGCUGACAAUGCUGAAAGCCUACAGCAGUCAAAUCAGAUACAAGACUGGUAAUCAUGAAUUCCCUUAUUGAGACUGUGACUAGUAGCUGACGGUGCAACAGAACUAGUUUCAUCUAGCUUGUUUUUCCUGGUUAAAAUAAUGAAUAUUGAUAAUGAAAGAAGCUUUCAGAGGUGUCUGGAGAGAGGGACGUCUGGGCAUCUCUGCUGAGUCUGCUGCCCCCGCGACCAGGUCCCGGAUAAGCGGAAGACGACGAGUACGAGAAACUUUCAUGCUUAUUUCUCUUGGGACACACUUAACCACCCUAUUUAAAAACGAAGGAGAUAAUUAAGUCUUUUAGUUCUUUGAGGUUCAUCAGAGUUUCUCUCAGUUAUUUUCAUAUUAUCAUGAGAUGCAUGCAUAACAACAGCAUUGGAUGUUUCACUCUUUUGUGUCAGUUUCUUCACUUUUUAAUGAUCAAUCAAGAUUUUCAAGACAUUCUUUGUUCUAUAUUACUGAACAACAUAACAGCUUAGUAGUUAAAGAAAGUGGCAAAAUAAAGUAAUCCACCUUUUCUUAAUCUUACCUUUAAUGAUGAAAAGUAACAGAGAUUAACUUAGAUAUUUCAAUUAUCAUCAAGCACAUCAGCAGCAGUGAAAACGUGUUGCUGCUCUGCAGUUUAACUAAAAUGGAUUGUAAUUUGUUCUGUGUAAAGUGGGUAGACAGUGAGCUGGACAACUAGGCUAAAGGCUCAAGCUAAGGCUGACUCAUUGACCAAACUAGACAAAAUAAUACUCUGAUUAUGUGUCACAAAGUAAAAAUGCAGAAUGAAACAUGGGAUCUUUAUCAACUAUUAUGUGUAAGUAAAGGGUGGCAGAAGUUGGGCAUUUUGAAGCAAAAGUUAGAUUUUGUGCUCUAGAGUUAAGAGGUACACUUGUACUGGUUUCGUACUGGACACUUGGACAUUGGCUUAUUCUUUUCAAAUUUGACCCUCAGUGUAGGAUUUUACCCUAGCAUUAAGAUGCCACAGAACCUGUUACUGUAUUUAUUUAUUUUAUUGAUGGAAACAGAUUGGUGCCAAGAUCAAAGCAGAUAACUUCCAUCUCAAAAUAAUUCCUGACAAUCACAUUGCACUCCAUUUAACCAGCUUUUAUAACCCAUUAAACCAUUGUUUUAUGUGCAUUAAUUCAUUGUAUUUAUUGAAGUCAGUAGUUAUAUACAACAAAGACAGGGUUGGACCAUAGUCAGUGACCCUGAUCUUCUGCAGUAAGCAUGUACAGCUGAAGAAACUUGGUAAGGGUAUGCAACCAGUAAUUAGCUGGCAUUUUAACUGGGGUGUGUAUACAUUGGAGAGCCACUCUGCCUAACAGAAAUGUAGUGUAUUAAAUAGUGUAUCACCUAAGCCACUAAAAUAUUUUUUUAUUUUUACACAGCAGUACUGCAUCCACUUGGCCACAUUUACUGCCCCUAAACAUACCCUCAGCCUAAGCAUGCCCCCGGGUCUCCCCCGCUUGGUGCUGUGCCUCUUGCGCUGGGCAUUGGUGGGGGCCCUGGCCCACCUGAGGUGCUGGUUCCUGGGCUUGGGUUGGGGGGGACAGUGUGCCCCACGUCUCAUCCAUUGCCCCUUUGGCCUGGGGGCUGCUGCUCCUGUGCUUUACCGACAACCUACAUCUGUGCAGGGCAUAUGGCUGCCUCGGGGUUAUGCCUUGUUUCUGUCUGCCUGGGGCUGCUGUGACCUUCUGGAGCCAAGUCCUUCUGUCUGUUGCUUCUCUUGGGUGCUCUGUGUUGCCGACCUUCUACAGUUCUCUUUACUCUAACAACUGCUCACCUCCAGCUGACAAAUUCACUUACAUACACCUACUCAACAAAAACACACCAUUUUCUAAACAUAUGCUCACCCACCCACACAAGCACACACACGUGCACCCAUGCACUGACACACAAAUUAUUCAAAUUGUUAAAGGUCAUACAAACACAGCACUAAUGUGGCCUGACUACCUUGAUGCUGGAUCCGGUCUUGCAAUUAGACUUCCAUCUUGAGAUAUCAUUUUUGUUGCCCAACCAGCUUCUCUGUAUGGUAUGCCUGAAAUGCUGUGACAGGACAAAAACAAAAACAAAAAAAGAAAUCAGCCCACCAGUAUAUUAGUAUAUUGGCCCUGUGGGUUGUGAGCAGGCUAAAGGCAAACAUUCCAUCAGAGGAUCCACACUAAAUGUGCCUCUAGAGAAGGGAAGGCACAGUUAUAUAUCAGUAAUCUCCAGGAGCCACAUAAUGUACAUAAUAUCUGAUCCUUCUGUUUUGUACACUCUGUAAUUCAUUGCCUCUGAUGUCCAUGUUUCUUUUUAUCACAAGUCAUCUGACAUACUGAACCUUUUUUAUGGCCAGAGUUUUGCUCUUGCUGUGUCCUAACCUCUUCCCUUGGUUGCAAACCUGCUCCAGAUGUGCAUGUACCACACACUGCAGUAAAACAGACAUUUACUGUAGUUACUUCAUGUGACCAGAAGAUGCAUGUUUCACAAAUCACAAUCUGUGUUUUAAAGAAUGUAUAAUCAGUGUAGAGUAAUGCACUUCCGGUUUGAUCAGUAUUUUAGAUAAUGAACUAGCCAUAAUUCAGAUUCCACUUCAGAUUCCGUAGAAAGCAGUAAAAGAGACCUUUACUUUAGAGACAGUACAAUGCAUCAUUUUUAAGCUUUGCUGCACAGCAACAUUUUGCAACAGAAAACUCAAAAUGCUGCCAGACUAACAAUUUAAAACUCAGAUGAGGUCACUGACAGCUGACGGCAACUGGACAGCUAUUUGCUUAACGUUAACAAUCAUUACUUUGGCAUUUUAAUACUGUGAGAUGUUCCAUAAGCAAUGCUCUUUACCACCGCUCUGACCUACUAUGACAUUUUUAAGAUCAUACUUAUUUUUUUGGUAGUUAUAUGCUUUCAGUCUUGGCACCACUUUGAUUACCUGUUAGCUUUAGCAUCCAGAAAGAAAGAAAAUCAUUUAGGGACUGAUCUUCUGCAGAAAAUAUUGACUACUAAUUACUACCCAAACCAACUCCAUUUCAAUAAACUGCCCAUUUAUAAAUCAUAAAAACUACAUAUUACUAUAGUAUAAAUAUACAAAGAUUAAAAUUAAAACAAAUAAAAUGCAAUGAUUUUUUAGGUACAUAAAAGGAUGUAAAUUAAUGCUAUGAUUUUUUUUUCUCUGGAUUUAAUGGAGACUGCAUUUCUAAAUUGAGUUAUGUUAAGUAAUACUGGAAGGUUUAGAGAGCAAAAAUGAAAGGCUGUGUGUUUCCAAACAUUUGACAGGUGCUGUGUUUUUCAAAAGAUGAACUAAUAAGUGAUUAACAUCUUCAGAUCUUACAAGACCAACUGAGUCAGAUCUGACAUAUUUCUCUAAAGUGCUGACUGCAGACAUAUUCAGACAAACUGUCACCUAAAGUGAUCCCAUCUGUCUUUGCAUGAUGGAGACCAUCUAGUGACCUUUGCCACUAAUCACUGCUGAUCGCUGCAGCAACAGAAAUCUGAGUAUCGAUCAGAUGUGUCCAACCUGGAAAGCAUACAGACAUGCAAAAGAUCAAGAGAUUUUUUAACUCUGUGUAAAUAUCUCAAAUGACCUUACCAUAUGAUAUAUUAAAAUACACACACAUAUAUAUAUAUAUAUAUAUAUAUACAUUUAUUUUGUAGAGGAGAAUAUGAUGCACAUAAGUGAUACAGAAGAACUGAGAGUGAGUACUGAGUAGUGUACAGUCUACUUCAGUAACAUGUUAUAACAUGGUGUAAUCAGUGUCUGUACUGUAUAUGCUUAAAAAUAAACUAGAUUAGGAAUUUAAUAUCAAUUUAUUAUUAUAGAAAAAAGAAAACAUUGGAAUCUAGAUUUUGGAAGGGUCCUUGUUUUCAAGAAUGUAUAAGUCAAUAUCCUAUUAUUUUUGUACUCAUAUGUUGCUUUCUACUGUAGCAAUGAGUAGUGAAAUAUGUCUAUUUAAGCUCCUGAGUUGUGUUUAGAUGAGAAGAAAUUGGUGCACCGAACUGUACUGUAUAUCUUUUUGUCUACAAAGAGACAUUUAUGAAAAGAAGACAGUAAAUUUGUUUUUUAUGGUGUGUGUGAAUAGCACAUAUACGUAAUUAUUUGUGGGCAACAGCUUACUAUACUGAUCUUUUCUUUUCCAUAACACUGCAGUUUCCCUUGUUUUGCAUAAUGUUUUUAUGUAUGUUUCUUAAAUUGGGAUUUUCUUUCACUUCUGUGGAUCUCUCCACCUGUAGAAACACUAAGAUCUAAAUACUGCAUAUUUUUUGGAGAGCUCCAUAUCUAAAAAAAAGUUAUCCAGUCUAAUGUUUGUUUGCAGUAAAACUCUUAGUGCUACUUUAUGCUGACUUGAUUGACACAACUGAUCCAAAUAUUUGUCAUUUUAGUUCCAAGCUGGAGCAUGUGCAAGUUAAUAAACAGAUUUUCUGCCUUUUGCUCAGAAGUGGAGGUAGAGCAUUGCAGCAGCUGCUAAACACCACACCAGACACUCAGUUCAGUGCUGUAAAUUGCCAAAAAAAAGGAAAAACAACAACCAUCAAAUACAUUCUAACAACUGGUGCUAUUUAAAAAAAGAAAGAACAAAAACAUCUGUGGUGCUUUUUUUAUUUCUUUGUUUUUGUCCUUGCUUCAGACAAAAUGUAGCUACACAAUCCUGUACUGUACUGUAGAUUGCUGUUUGGCUGGUAGGUCGAUCUGCUGCACUCACAUGAGCCAGAGGUGUUUGGACUUUUUUUCUCCAGUGUCCUUUCAGGGAAUUCCAAGAUCCAAUUAGACAACGUUUUUGGAGGGGCACACUUUAAAGCAAGUAACUUUGAUAGAGCAUUGAUUUGAAUCAACUUACUUUUGGUCAGUGCUUCUACAUCAGCCACAUUGAUGGGUGCAAAUAGUCUCUACACAUUGUCUUUGGUGCUGAGCGUAAUGUUCAUAUUAAACUUUUGAUAUAUUAAUCUCGUCCAUUAAAAUCCCUGAAGAGGCUUUCAGACAUUUAAAUAAAGUAAGUUUACCUGCAGGCAUCAUCACACUGCAGGUGGUAGAUUCUAUUGGAAACUUCUUGCAAAACCAAACCUCUCUGAAACCCAUGAAUUAAUGUGCAACAAGUAGUGAUACGGUGUUUUAAUACUAGAGUAAACAUCAUUCUUUAAUUGAAAUAUUGGUUGUUACUGCCUUGUUAAAAGAAAACGUUACAUUUAUCACAAACUGAUUGUUUUUUUUUAAUGAUUAUAAAAUGCAAUACAAGUGGAAGAAGAACAAACUAAACUCAUAUCUUCUAAUUGUUCUGUCUUCCUGAGAUGAGUUGACUUGUAUUUAAAACAUAACUAACAUUAUUUUUACAUUAUAGGCAUAGACAACUGUGUACCUCAAAAUAUCUCUUCAUGAAAGUCUGAAAUCCACAUGUGUACCUUGUACAGAUUUUUUUCACUUUUAAGUAGUCCAACCUCAUGAUGCUUUUUGUAUUGGUUUGCACAAACACUAAUAGGAAUGUAUGGCUACUGUAAUUCCUGCUCCCCCAUACACACACAUUUCCCUAAUACGUGAAAGCAACUGAAUUCAACUGUUUUUUUUGUAUUAUUAAUGUCUUGGUAUGCUUGUUGUAGUUGUAUAUUCAGAAUGGUGUAUAUUACAUCAGUUUUUAUUUAAUAAAAUGUUUAAAUUUUCUAACAA